ACAGCUGGCCAUCAAAUGGCCGCCGCCUUUUCCUCCAACCGCUGCCUCUGGCGCGGCUGCGGCCGCAUCUACUCGACACGCUACGACCUCAUCGAGCACGUCGAAGCGUACCACAUCGAGACAGACGGAGCCGCCUUUCUCGACGACGCAGCGCAGCCGCCCGCACUGCCGCUCUCUUACAUAUGCCGCUUCUAUCCGCCCGGAUACACACACCGACGACUCCCAACCUCAAACCCAAACCCCAACCCCAACUCCAUACACAAUCCAUCCUGCAAGCUUCCGGUUUUCCAUCCUCGACGCUCAAGUUGGGACUCGGACCUCGACGAAUCCGUCCCGACAGACUACACACACACACUACCAUCACCUUCAUCAUCAUCCGACGGAGUCGACUCCGAGCGACCGUUCGUCUGUCCGAUUCCUGGCUGUCGCAAGCGCUACAAGAACGUCAACGGCAUCAAGUAUCACGCCAAGCACGGCCACUCGCGCGAGCUCCCGCGCGGGAAACUCCACGCGUGCCGAUGCGGCAAGACGUACAAGAGCUCGAGCUCGUUCCGACAGCAUUGCCUCACGCAGCACGGCGAGCAUCCGCAUCCAGCCCCCGGAACGCCCACCACGCCGACGGCAACGACGCCGACGUCGCCGCCGUACGCCGCCACCAUUCCGGCUCCUCCGUACGCCUUUACACAAGCGCCGCACAUCAAGAGCGUCGUGCAAGUUCCGGUAAUGGGCGAAGAGACGUGAUUGUGGCGGGUCGUUGACAUUUUUUCUUUCUUGUUGACUUGACGUUUUGUUUAUUUGUUUGUUUGUUUGUUUGUUUGUUUGUUUGUACUGCCGGUUUAGUGUUUUGUGAUCGACUUUUUGGAUUUUC